AUGAGUACCAUAUUUUUAUACGAAGAUGGACAUGUUAAUGUUGUUGAUGAGAAGGUGGUCCUGAGACCAUGGAUUACAUUGUUGAUGAUAAUGAAUUUGCUGUUGAGACACUUACUACUCAGUGAAUACAUACAAACUGUGUCCUUGAGUGAAUCCUCUUUGACUUCUCGUAUGUUGAUAGAAAAGCCAAAAGACGAAGGUACUCGUAUGAAGGGGGCAAAUGUAAAACAGGAUUAUGUGUGUUAUACUCUCCAGGAUAAAGCUCAGUUUUUUGAUCUGAAGAUUGAAAAGUGUAUGAGUGCAUCGGCUGCAGCGAAGCAGUUGGGUAUACACAUUCGAACAGCGUACAGACAGGUUAAGCAGUAUAACCGAAAAUGUAUCUUGACCGAAAAUCAUAAAAUGACUGCUAUCAACUUCAUUGAUGCUAAUCCAUCUGCUUCUGUCGUAGAAGUGACCGAGAAUUUGUUAAAGCAAUUUUAUGAUCUUAAAGUUUCUCGAAGCACUGUUUAUAGCUUUAUGAGAAGUGAAUUCAACCUUUCGUUGAAGAAAGCAGAUUUCAAUUCUAUUGAAAGAAACAGUCCGGCAAAGAUUGAUGAGCCAUACAAUUGGGUUCGCGAAUGGGAAAACACAGACAUGAAUUCCCUGACGAAUUGCGGAAGCUUGCGAAAGCGUGGAGAAAAGUAA